GCGCGAUUUUUGCUGCUUUUUCAAACAUAUUUUUUGUAAAGUUGUUUGCUAGCAAACGUUAUGUCUACAAAGAAACUGGCCAAAGAACUCGGAUUAUUGAGGCAGAGGAGUAAAUCUUCUAAUGGGUCAAAGAAAUCAUUAUCAAAUCAGAUAUUUUCAUACCUUAUUGUGAUUGAUUUUGAGUCAACUUGCUGGAGAGAAAAAACCAACUACAGCCAGGAAAUUAUUGAGUUUCCUGCUGUUCUGCUGAACACAUGCACAGGGGAGGUCGAGUCCGAGUUUCACACUUAUGUUCAACCCCAAGAGCACCCCAUUCUGUCCAGGUUCUGCACCGAGCUGACCGGGAUUACACAGAUUCAAGUCGAGGCAGGGAUCCCCCUUCAGAUCGGCCUUUCUCGGUUCAGCCGCUGGCUGCAAAACCUGCAGCUGGAGAUGGGUGUGGUCUUUCCCAACAGACCACAGAGAUCUUCUGCACCUUCACCUUCUCAAAAACUGUGUACUUUCGUCACAUGGUCAGACUGGGAUCUCGGAGUUUGUUUGCAGUACGAGUGUAAACGCAAGCAGCUCCAUAAGCCUGAUGUGCUCAACAGCUGGAUCGACCUGAGAAGCACCUACAAGCUGUUUUACGACAGGAAACCCAAAGGCCUGAACGGGGCACUACAAGAUCUGGGAAUACAGUUUUCAGGGAGAGAACAUUCUGGUUUGGAUGACUCCCGAAAUACAGCUCAGUUGGCAGCGAGGAUGAUGAGGGAUGGGUGUGUGAUGAAGAUCACCAGGAGCCUGGAGAAGAUGCCAUUAAAGGUCAAACCCAUGUUUGGAAACACAACUGCAGACAACAAAGAGGAAAACGCACCGUCUACAAACAAACCCUCAUCGUCACCGAUUCCUCCAGAAUCAUGUCGGAUAAAAUCAUGUCCAGAGAACAUUUUAAAGGAUUUCGACCCAAAGAGGAACUCAAGUUCUGUACAAAUCUGCCAAAGUCUGAUCUCACCAAAGACGCUGCUGAAUGGUACAACUACGUCACUCUGGGGCUGCAGCAGGAGGUCCGUCAAAGCGGUGGCUGUCGCUAAUAUCUCCUCUUCAGUUUUGGUAAACUGUCCUUCACCACGCGAUAACAACAGCAGCAGCAGCAGCCUUGUUCUGUGUUCGACUACUCUAGGCUGCCUUUCAAAUCUGCCUCAGACACACCAGCCGGCCAACACGGGAGCACCGGUAGAAGAGGAAGGUGCGGAACCUUUCGUGGAAACCGAGGACAGGUGUGGUUCAUAUGACCAUGUGGUGUUGGAGGGUGAUGGUGAUGAUGAUGUCAUUGGAGAAUUUGACGUUGAUUAUGUGGCGGAUUUUGACAGCAGAUGCCAUGUGUGGGAAAGGCCCGAUGGAGCACAUUCAUCUUGGGAUCAGGUUACAUUCAGAGACAAAACAAGAGAGACGGUGAGCGAUGAAGGCAACUUUAAAACUAAGAUGACCAGUUGGUCCUCAACGUCUAAUCACUUACAUAUAAUCAGGCAGCAUUCAUUGAUCCCAGAGCCCAGUACUUAUUUUGCUGUGCCUGAAGCUGUUACUCGGGACUCCAAAUCAAAUCUGCACAAAACACGACUUAGAACCUCUCUACAAGUACAAGAAAAGCCAGACGGGCCUCAUGAAAUCCUAAAAACAAACCCACCCUCUCUACUCAGACACAACCUCCUUAUCCCAGAAAAGACCUCCACCCCUUACACCUCAUUUGCCCGGCCCCAAGCAGUCGUCACAAAGCACCGAGAGACUCCAAAACCUUCCUUCACCAUCUUCACCGACCCAGCAAAACCCUCAUGUCCCUCCUCACGUGGCUCUUUCUGCGCCUCCAAGAAUGUCCUCUCCUCUCUGUCGACCAGCGUGCUCGCCACACUCGCCAAUCGUUCCUCCAUUCCUGUGACAGCGAAGGGAGGGCAGAGGAUCACAGCCCCACUGUGUGCUUGCGGGCGUCGUGCAAAGCGCCAGGUCGUAUCCAACGGGGGCCCGAACCAGGGGCGAGGCUUUUUCUGCUGCCCGGUCCGGCGGUCCGGCAGCGGCGGAGGGAUCCAGAAGGGCUGCGAGUUCUUCAAGUGGGAGUCGGCUCUGAUGAAGAGCAGUUCAGUGGGUGCUCCUGCUGUCGGGUCUUCUGUCUCACUCUGUCAGAUCAACUCCACUCUGAGUCGUCCACCCCACAGGUCCACACUGAGAAAGAGCUGCUAACACAGUGGAGCUGAGAGUGUAUGUUCUACCUCAGUCACAGAGACUUUGUGAUAUCAUAUUGUCAAGUUGAACCAAUUGUUUGUCAAAAAACAUUAUUUUGUUUAACUUGUUCACAUAUGUUUUGUAAAAGAAAAGUAAAAAAAUAAAAAAAAGUUGUCAUUUAUUGAUUCCAUUUUGGCUUUCAUGAAAAAUCAAUUUUAUUACUUUUCUUUAUUUCAUAUCAUGUUGGAUUUAGGAUGUAAAAAUGAAAUGAUCAUAAAUGAAUAAUCACAAUGAACUAUUAGUUCAUAUAAUGUUUGUGAUGCAGUUUUUGUUGAAAUAAUCAAAUCAACCAAUAAUGAACAUUGUUAAUAAACUUCAUUUUCUACGUGUUG